CAUUCAUAGGUCAGACUCUCCUGGUCAUUGUGCCAAGUAUGGGACCUACACCGUGAUUGAGGACCGCAUCAACAGGGUUUUGGAUCUUCAACUUGUCCAAAGCUCAGAGGUACCAAGCAGCAACUGGUGUGAGCUGGAGGGUUUGAAGCGAACCAUAGCAUUUCUCAAGGAGCAACACUUGCAAGUUUCAGCCCUUAUUACCGACAGAAAUCGCCAGGUUGCCAAGUGGGUGCGGGAGGAGUUGUGCCCUGAAGGAACAAGUCACUUCUUUGACAUCUGGCAUGUUGGUAAAAGCAUAGGAAAAGCGCUAGAUGCUGCUGCAAAGGAGAGGGGUUGUGAGGACCUUAAGCUGUGGAGGCCAUCGAUUGUCAACCACCUAUACUGGACUGCAGCUUCCACACCUAAUGGGGAUCCAAAUGUAAUGGAGGCCAAGUGGCAAAGCAUGGUGAACCAUGUUCAGGACAUCCAUGAACAUGACAGUCCUGGAUUUCCCUCCUGUGCACAUCUCCCUUUGGAGGGAGAAGCAAGGAACAAGCAGUGGCUGGAACCAGGAUCAACUGUAGCUAUUAAGUUGGAGAGUGUCACUACAAGAACAGCAUUGUUGAAGGAUGUUCGGCAGUUGUCCCCACAGCAUCAGACCUUUUCCCUGGAGGCCUUUCACUCGCUUAUCCUCCACUUUGCACCUAAGCACACUGGCUUCUCCUUCCUUGGGAUGUACAGCAGGCUUCUCUUGGCAGCCCUGCAUUACAACCACAAUGGAAGUCGAGAGGUUGCACGAACACAUGACGGCGAGGUUCAAUAUGGAGUUCGUUACCCAAGGUUCCGCAAAGGAGGCUGGGUCGUCCGCCCUGUCAAGGAGAAGCCAUCGUACGCUUAUGCAUCUGCCCUUAUGGAGUCUCUGAUUGAGGCCUACUCCAGGUCACCAAGGAGUCUACAAGAGAGCUCAGCUGACUUGUCCUCCUCUGCACCUGCCCCCCUUUCCACAUCCUUCCAGAUGAUCAGCAAGGAUGAGGCUGUUGGCUUGUAUCUUGCACGACACACACGUUUUAACACAGGAAAUUAGUGUUAAAACACUGUUAGGUAUUUUGUACACUAUAUUGUAAAGCCACAUUUAAUCUCAGAGAUAGAUGUGGGACCAUGGAGUUAUGUGGUAUCUGCAUUUGCAACCAAG